CCUCGCAAAGCCGCUAUGGCUGCAGGGUCAGCUCCAAAGUUAACCGCGUUUGUGGACAAGCUCGGCAAUUGUACCAAGUGUUUGCGACUGCCAAGACUGAGCUCACACAGCGUGCGGUGGCAACAUGCGUCGUGGCUUGCUCUCCGGCAGAUACGCCGUGAGACAUUCACGAAUUGAAGCUCGCAGUGACUCAUGUCAGCGCCGUCAUGCAGAAUGUCGUGGUCGGAAGAAUAGUUACUUGCAAGCGCACAGCAUUUCGUACUUUGACAGGAGGUUGCAGCACUCCCUUGGCGGCAGUAGCCAAGGUGCACAAGCCAGCUGCUGCAGUUGCAGGCAUGGCACCACACCAGCCCAGUUCACACCCCGUCGGACAUUCGUGACGACGGCCCCCUGGUCUCAGGCACCCCUGGUUCAGCAGCCAGGCAGUCUGCCCGAGACCAGCACCGACCCAUUCGAGCUGUCCAAGCAGGACCUGGCAGACAUCUACGAUGCCAUCAAAAAGGAGUUGUGGGUGUCAAAGCCUCAGCUGAACGAAAUUGCCAGCUACUACUUUGACGGCCAGGGAAAAGCUUUUCGCCCGAUGAUCUGCACCUUGAUGGCCAGAGCCGUGAACAUUCAUGUGCACAAUAGAAAUGUACUUUUAGAUUUUCAAAAGAAAGUGGCAUUAUUGUGCGAAAUGAUCCACACUGCCAGCCUUGUCCAUGAUGAUGUCAUUGACACCUCGGACACACGGCGAGGAAAGCCCAGUGUCAACGUGUUAUGGGGGCAGAAAAAGGCAAUUCUAGCGGGUGACUUCGUGCUCUCCCGAACAGCACAGUUGCUUGCCAAGAUUGGGAGCAAUGACGUCAACAGUUUCCUGUCUCAGGUUCUUGUGGACUUAGUUCAAGGAGAAUUCAUGCAGCUGGGUUCCAAAGAAGACGAGGGAGAGCGAUUCUCUCAUUAUAUACAAAAAACAUUCAAGAAGACUGCCAGCCUCAUUGCCUUUGCCUGCAGAUCCGUGUCCAUACUUGGAGGUGGAGAUGAGAAAAUACAGGAGGCAGCCUACCAGUAUGGCAGGAAUGUUGGCAUAGCGUUUCAGUUGGUUGACGACCUCUUAGACUUUGUAUCCAGCCAGUCUGACCUCGGUAAGCCAGCUGCAGCCGACCUCAGGCUAGGACUUGCCACUGCACCUGUCCUGUUUGCUUGUGACAAGUACCCAGAGCUGAAUGCUAUGAUAAUGCGGCGCUUCUCAGAGCCUGGAGAUGUGGAAAGGGCCUAUGAGGCAGUUUUGAAGAGUGAUGGCCUAGAGCACACGCGGCUGCUGGCACAGAAGCACUGUAGCGAGGCCGUGCGGCACCUGGCACCAUGGGUUGAGUCACCAGAAAAGCAAGCACUAAUCAGCAUCACUGAGAAAGUGCUCAACCGCAAGAAGUGACCACGUGCAGGCCCACGUCCAUUCCACAAGACGAAACCAGGCUAUACACAAUAGGUGCAGAAAUUUAGACAAAGUGUACAUAAAAACAAAGCCAAUGCCUGCAGCCCUAGAACACUACCACCGCCCCUGUGGAGAGAGCACUUGGACAACAUAUGAGUCGAGCUGUUUCAUAUAUUUUGCCUGACAAUCAAGAAUUUGACAAAGUGAUCUUCACGAAUGUGAUGGCCAUUGCGUGCUUGAAAAAAAAAAAAAAAUAGUGCUAUUGAACUUUGCGCAUGCAACAGACAACGAAGGUGCUGUCUUUUCGACAUUUAUAAUGGCUCCUUUUGUUUGCCUGAAUUUCAUCCGUGAGUGCUCAUACCAGCAGUCUGCACUGGAGAGAAGUAACCAGGAAAGUGGCGAGUAGAGCAAGAGAUAACACGGGUGCUAGUUGUACAUAAGACCUCACUCCGAUUAAUGUACAUACAAGUAAUGAGCUUGGCCUUGAAUAUAAAUAAUAGACAAGAAAAAGCAUUUCUCUCAGUGGGAAAGUUACAUUCACUGUAGACUAAGAUAGCAUACUUGCAAUGACGAAAAUUACUACUAUAUGAAAGAGAUUAUAACAGGACCAAUCAGUUAUACUUAAUAUUGUACGUUAUUUAUCUUCUGCAAGUUAGAUGUGCUUGCAGAGUAUACAUACUACCCUAAUAAUGCUGUUAAAAAAAUAACAUGUACAUAGGAGUAUAUGACGUUUCGGGAAGUACUACAAACAUAUUAAGCCUAUUACUGUAAUUGCAAAUAAGAAAAAAAGGAUUGUUUGGCCUCUCGGGAAGUACUACAAACAUAUUAAGCCUAUUACUGUAAUUGAAAAUAAGAAAAAAAGGAUUGUUUGGCCUCUUUGUUACAGUUACAGAAGUCAUUGAUGUUUUAAGGCAUUCAUUUGUAAUGGAACACUAACAGAUCUAAACGAAGCAAAUAAACAUUAACAAGUGUCACCAGA